AUGAUGAGUACUUGACCUGUAAUUUUUUGUUGGUUGUAUGAUUUAAAGCACGAGUCAAACUUGAAGAAUGAGUGACCGUGUAACACAGCUGCAGGACGCAAUCAACGAAUUGGCAGAUCUGAUGUGCAAUGCUAUAGGACUACUUCAACAGGAAGCAUCUCCUUCGAAAUUCGAAGAGGAUAGCGAGAGUAGUCUGCAGAAAGCAACGAGAAAACCGGCUGACGAGAAUGGAGAAGAAAAAAGCUCGACUGAUUCUGUCAACUAUUACGCCCGGACAAUCAUGAAGACUGCGAAGGAUAUCGACAUCUUGAUCGAUUCAUUGCCGUCUUUCGAGAGCACCAAAGCACUCCAGAUUUCAUCAAUCGAGCAACUGCAAGCUCAAAACGUGAGCGAACUAGACAAAUUAGAACAUUUGGUUUCUCAAGGACAAGUUCUGCUAACUACCGUUCAAUCCUCUGUUCUAAAUAUAUGCGAAGCCCAAAUUUCACAGAAAGCCUCAACUUCAAGUACACUUACAACUAAUAACUGUUCAUUGAAUUCAGCAAUAGCGACUAACGUGAAAAUCGAAAAUCCGAUAGAACAAUUCUCCUCAGAAAUGUCAGAACAAGCAAACUUGAGUAACUCUACGUAUUCCCGAAAUUCAGUUCACAAUUCAGAGAGUAUGGAAUUCGAAGUUAAUCCUGGCGAUAUUAAUAUGCAAAAUAGUGCCUUCUUAAUACACCAAAACUCAGCUAACAAUUUAAUAAAUAAUAAUGGAAUCGUAAUGAAUCAGUUUCAAGUUGGAUCGAAUUUAAACAACGCUGGAGAUAUUGAUAAUUUCAUGCAGACUUGAAAACUCAAAGAAACAUUAAUGAUUAUGCAGUUUGUUUUUGUACUAUUUUCACCCUUGAGUUUAAUAAAUCAAAUUAGUUAAGUCUCAAUGAACGAAGUGAACAGACUUAUUUGGGUCGUAAGGCUUUGUUUUUCUUUCAUGAAAAAUCCGUAAAUUUGAUCAUGCUUAAGUUUGAUUUUGACAGAAGUAAAAUAAAUUCUAAUUCUAAAAUUGCAAAUUACUUAUUUCAAUUGCCAAAUGGAAAUAGCGAAAAAACAUUAAUGGCUUGUUUGGAAAGUGGAUCUUAAUUUCACAGCGGAGUAGAUUAAUAACGUUAUGUUGACGUUAAGUUUUCUGAUUAAUUGUAGGAAAAGGGGGCAAUUAU